AUGUUCAACCGCCAGGCGACCGGAGGAGCCGGAUCCAGUGGCCAAGGUGCUGGGUCCAGCCAGCCCGCUUCUGCAGCACCAGUCUCCGCUGGAGUUGGUGUAGGAGGGGGUGGAGGUGCCAGUGGAGCAGCGGCAGGAGCGGGCUCCGCAGCAGGAUCUGGAUCCGGAUCAGGUUCCGGAUCAGCAGCACCGCCCAGCCAUUCGCCCGAUCUCUACCUGCGCCCGCUGCCCUUUCUGGACGCCAAGUGGCUGCGCGCCGAUCUCAUCGCCUCCCUGCGCAACGCCGCCGACGGCGCCGUACUGUGGAACCAUCUGAUUCAGGACUGCGAGCUGGUCUCGUCGCCCACCGCUCCGCUCCUAAAUGCCCGCGGACAACUAUCCUACCUAGGCGACGAUGGCAAGCACUACUGCGGCGCUCAGCAGCUCAAGUGCUCCUGCUGCCAGCCGGAGUUCUGCGGCCCUCUCUCCGCCUGCAACUGCGACGGCUGUCGGCCUCUGGACUCGGACACGGCCAUUAAGAAGCUUACCACCCAAGCCGCCGCACAGCAAGCGGCCCAUCUCAGCCAGGCCACCGACAUGGUUCUGAGCGGCUGGCUCUGGAGCCAGCCACCUUCGCAGCAGGCGCGUCUGGACUGCCAACGUUCUAUGAUCUCGGAGCUGCAGGAGCUGGCUCUGCGCGCAGCCGGCAACUGCCUCUCUGCCCAGCAUCUUCGCCAGCAACUAUUCAUCUACGAGCGCUACUUCGUGGCCCUGAAAAGGGAGAGGGAACGGGAGCGCCAGUCCACGACAAGCGCACAGGCGGUGGUCAGUGUCACCACCGCCAACACCACUAUUGCCGCCAUAACCGCCAAUGCUGCAGUGGAGUCACAGCCGACGGAACAGCCGGCGGAGCAUGGAGCUCUGGGCUUGGCACGCGUAGCCACCCAUGCCGCAUUGAACUUCAGCUUCGCCUUCCUGCGACGCGCCUGGCGCUCCGGUGAGGACACGGAAAUGUGCAGCGAGCUGCUAAGCGAGGCGCUGGCUUCUCUGCAGGAACUGCCUGAGGCCACGCUGUUCGAGGCAGCCGUCGUCUCUUCGCUCUGGCUGGAUGUCAUGGAGCGCUCCAUCAAGUUCCUGCGUCUGGUGGCGCUCGGUGAUCCGAUGGGCAAUCGCUGCACCGCACCACUAAACGACCGCCACACAGCGCUGUGCCUUCUGCUGGAGCUGGGCGUGCAGAAGGGCACCCUGGCCGCCACGCUCGAGUGCGUCGUUCUGCUGUUGUUGCUAUGGGAGAAGGACCGUGCGGGCAACGACAAUCGGGACAUGCCACGCAAGACGGGCGCCCCGCUGCAGCGCAUCCUGCUGCGAUACCAGAAGAUUGGAGCCACGGCCAAGGGAGGCGGAAUCGCCGGCGGUGAACCUGCUCCAGUGGCCAGUGCCACGGAGACCUUCCUUCGCUUUCUCUCGCUACCCAAGAGCAGUGCGGCCAUUGUGGACCUUCGUCGCGCCGCAGUCGUCAUCAUUUCUCACCUGGACCGCAUGGUGCAGCCGAUGAUGCCGCGCUGCCUGCUACGCGGUGGACAAGCAACCGCCGCAUCAUCCAGUUCAGCUCCUCAGCAGCGGAUCUACGCCUUGGGCUGGCCAUCGCUCUCCAAGGAUCAGCAGGGAUUCAGCGCUGAGCCUACGCUCAGCUGGAGUGGAGAGUCUGCGGGCGUGCCCACGCUUAGCUGCCGCUUCCAGAUCAAGCAGGUGGCCUGCUGCGAGACGCAGAUGCUCAUCCUUAGCCAGGAGGGUAAGCUGUACACCUGGCGCCUGGCCAAACCGGAAGCGGAACCGCUGCCCAUGGAGGAGGUCGCCCACGAUGUGUUCAUUAGCAUCGCCGGCCACUGUGAAGGUCGUCACUUUCUGGCCAUUGACAGCAACCACAACGCCUACUCCUGGGGCACCGGCGAAGAUCACCGUCUGGGCCAUGGGGACACCCACGCCCGAGCCGUUCCCACCAAGAUCGCUGCCCUGGAGCAGCACUGUGUACAGUCGGUAUACUGCGGCUGCUCGUACAGCGCAGCCAUCACCUGCGGCGGAAACCUGCUGACCUGGGGACGCGGCACCUAUGCUCGGCUGGGCCACGGGAACAGCGACGAUCGCAGCCUGCCCACCCUGGUGGUGGCCCUAUCCGACCACAUGGUGGUUGACGUGGCCCUGGGCAGCGGCGACGCCCACUCGCUGGCCCUCACAUCCGAGGGACUGGUGUUCGCCUGGGGCGACGGUGACUACGGCAAGCUGGGCAAUGGCAACUGCAACGGCAGCCUGCAGCCGAUCCUUGUGGAAUCGCUACCCCGGGUGCAGCGCGUCUUUGCGGGCUCCCAGUUCUCGGUGGCCCUCAGCAGCGAGGGUCAGCUGUAUACGUGGGGCAAGGCCACCUGUUUGGGUCACCAGUUGGUGGAGCGCAGUGUCCAAGGGUGCAGUGUUCCGCGUCUGGUUAGCAGCUUGCAGCACAAACGCAUUGUGGACGUGGCCGUGAGCGUGGCACAUUGUCUGGCGCUUUCUAGCAGCGGGGAGGUAUUCGGAUGGGGUCGCAACGACAGCCAGCAAAUCUGUCCAGCCUCCGUGUCCAGCGAGCCUUUACUGCGAACGCCCAUUCUUGUGUCAUUACCCACGUUUCCGGCCAGCGGAAUCGCCUGUACCAGUGCCCAGAGUCUUGUGUGGACGCAGAGCUCCCACCAGGGUGUACCGCGGCGCGCCCCCUUUGUCGUUGACUUGGGCGAGCCCACGUUCCGUCUGCUAGACCAGCUGCUGGGCAUGUGCAGCAGCCAGGACAACCGGCAAACGCCGAACCAGGAGAGCGAGUGCAUCGCCGUGGCCUGCCUAAAUCUGUUCCGCCUGCAGCUGCUCGCCCUCAUUGCCAACGGGGUAGAGCCGCGCCAGGUGGGCCUAGCCAGUGGCAGUCGCCUUCUCUGCAGCCUCAAGACUCGAAUCCUCGGGUUGGCCGGCGGCAGUCAAGUGCUUCGCACAAUACAAGUGGCCGCACAACAGGCUCUGCAGGACGGAUGGAGUGUUCUGCUGCCCACAGCAGCGGAGCGUGCCCAGACACUCACAUCGCUGCUGCCUUCGGAACCUGGACAGGCGUCCUCCGCUGGUCAUCGCUUCAUGACAGACCUCCUAGUCAGCUCCCUGAUGGCCGAAGGCGGCCUAGAGUCGGCGCUGCAGCACGCUAUCCGUCUGGAGAGCAGCUCCUGCUCCGCGGACUGCGGCGACGGAGUCCACUUGCCAUUGCUGCAGCUGAUCACGCGACUGCUGAGCAACAAUGCCGCACUGUCCCAAACCCGACUGUCUCCCACGCUGGGCAAGCAGCAGGAAAAGGAGGAGGAGGAGCGCGAGCAGCAGCACCAGGAGCCGAGCACCAGUCCCAGCUUGAGUCUGCUCCAUCGAUUCCAGCGCUUGCUGCUGUCCCACAUCCACCAGGCGCAGCCCGAGGAGGAAACAACUGGCGCCGAGGCGCUGUUGUUGCAGUACAUGCACGCGCUAAUCCCCGCCUGCGUUGCCACAUUACAAAAGGCCCACGAAUUGGCGUUGCUAUGUCGGGAGCCGGGUGAACAUUCCUUUGGUCAGAUGGUUGGCCAUCUCGGCCGCGUCCUCCAGGCGGAUAUUUCGGACGCUUUGCUGAACGAGUUGCUGGUGGGCUUAUUGCUCCUCAAGCGCGAUCGCCCUCAGUGUCUGGGUGGCCUGCGUUGGGCCCGCCUCUUUCUGCCUCUGCUUCGCGUCCUAGACAGACUCAAUCGAGCUCUUGGGGAAGGAGAAUUGCGAGACGGCGACGACAUGGGCUGGCCAGGCAUCAUUUGUCGCGGGGGACCCAAGGGCGGUCCUCCGCCGGCUGAUCCCGAAACGCACUAUGUGCGCCGUGCGGACAUGGAAAAUCUACUGCUCGAUGGAAGUCGCUGCAUCAUCCUGGCCGGAUACGUUUGCGAUUUAAGCGGAUACAACUGUGAGUCGGAAACACUACGAAGCGUUUUGGACUCGGGAUUGGGCAAGGACCUUACGGCCGAGAUGAGCAGUCAGGUGCACAGAAGCGCUAUGGAGCACAUCCUCGAGCACCACAAGCUGGGCAAGUACAUGGUCCAGACUAGCACCGAAGAGAAGUCAUCGGCGCCUGGACCCAGUCGGCUGACUCACUUUAGCUCGGAAUGCGCCUUGGCGCAGCUGCUCGGCUUAGUGGCCAAUCUGAUGUGCAGCGGACCGGCACUGCAGCCAGCGGAACUGCAGUGCCGUCAGCUGGACAAGUCAAGCCUGCUAAGCGGUGGGCUACAGCUCCUCCAGCCGAGCAAUCCCUUCGACGAGGAGAAGGGUGAGGCGCGCAGCAGCCACAGUUGUCACAGCACAGCGGGUAACACGCCCACGGAUCUGCCGCCUCCGUUGCCAAUGCAGCAGCAGCUGGCUCCGGGUCGAGGCAAAUCCCAGUUGCAGCUGCGUGCAGAUGCUUUCAUCAGCGGCCUAGCAGAGGCCCGCGUUUCGGAACCGCCUGUGGCUGCUUGGCUGGCGCUCACCGAGCGAUACUGUAAGGCGCACAACUUGAUGUGGCAUCAGGAGUUCGCCACGGAACAUCCCGUCCAGGAGCUAGAGCGCCUCUUGAGCGCCGUGCUCAUCCGGCACCAGUACCUCGGUGGCCUGGUGCUAAACGCAUUGGAGACAGAGUCGCCGCCGCCAAGACAGCUCGGGGAAAUCAUUAGGCUUGUGCAUCAGGCCAAGUGGUCAGUGGUUCGGACACGGCAGCAACUGAACCGCAGUUACAAGGAGGUGUGUGCCCCAAUUCUAGAGCGCCUGCGCUUCUUGCUCUACGAGGUGCGACCAGCGAUUAGUCCCCAGCAGCGUGGAUUACGCCGACUGCCCAUCUUGCAGCGCCCGCCGCGCUUUAAGAUGCUUGUGCGCCGGCUGCUUCAAGAGCUGCGCUCCUCACGGCAGCCGGCCAAGCCGGAGGAUCUGCUUAAUGCCUCCAUUCAGCAGGAGCAUGAGAAAAAACCCCAGGUCAUGCCCAAACAGGAGCUAGAGGAGCAGGAAGAAGAGGAAACUCUGUUAAGGCGACUGAAUGAACGCCAGAUCCAUGGCGAGGGCGAGCUGGACCCGGCACUCAUGCAGGACAUUGUGGAUUUUGCCCUGCAGGACAGCUGCGAUGUGGAGACGGCACGACGGGCCAUGUACUGCCAGAUGCAGCGAUACCAACUGAGGCUGGCCGGGCUCCAGAUUGUCCAGCAACUGCUUGAACUACACGGCUUGCUGGACGCGGCACAGUACAGUCUGCUAAACGGAUUUCUCGGACUGCACUUGAAAUCCACAUCCUCCGGAGGAGGAUCUACGGGAUCCGGAAGCUCCUUGCACGUUCUCGGUCAGCUGAACAUGAUAAGUGCCUAUCAAAAAGCCAGGCUACUCCUGGCACAAUCUCGUGUCCUUGACUGGGCGGUGCGAGAGCUCCGUCGUCUGGUUAACCAAGAGCAGCAGGGCCACGCCCGCGGCAAGGACAGCACCAAUCUAGGCACCUAUGUGCUCCUAAAGCGCCUGCCGCGCGCCCGCUUCCUCCUGAGCGUGUUCGGACUGCUGGCCAAGGAGCUGGGCCCCAACGAGCUAGGCUUCCUCAUUAAUUCCGGCCUCCUGGGCACGGUGCUUGGACUGCUGGCGCAGACGGGCGGCGAAGGCGCGACCGGCGGCCAGGUGCACGGAGAACUGAGUAUCCUGUACGAAGACAGCGUGCUAAAGCAAAAGUCGAGUAAGGCGCAGCUCAGUGGUCCCGAUCUGGCAAAGCUGAUGAAGAUCGGCACCAGAAUUGUGAGGGGAGCGGACUGGAAGUGGGGUGACCAGGAUGGCAAUCCGCCCGGCGAGGGUCGCAUCAUUAGUGAGGUGGGCGAGGACGGGUGGGUGCGUGUGGAAUGGUACACCGGAGCCACCAACUCGUACCGUAUGGGCAAGGAGGGUCAGUACGAUCUCCAGCUAGCCGACAGUGCUCUCAACGUCGCCUCACCCACGGAGCCUGAGCGAGAGGAUGUGUCCGGGAGCGAAGCUUCACCCACCAGCGACUCGCAUCCAUCGAAAUUGCUACGCCACUGCGCCGCCAAGCUCCUUCAGAUUCUGGCGGUGGGAACUGGCCUGCACGGGGCUCAGCUGGAUAAGAACGCACUGCGUGGCAUGACCAGCAUGUUUCGGACUAUCAUCUACCCCAAACCAUCGAUGUCAAACAUCUCCUAUGCAUUGGGAUGGCUCAACCUGGGCUUCAUUCGAGCCAUAUCUGGAGAUUGCCCACGGCUUUGUCUGGAGCUUAGCACACCGGGAUGGUUAAGUCACUAUCUAUCGCUGCUGGAACAGCCAGCGGGAAACGAGGCGGGCGUGUACAGACAGCUCCAUUGCCUGCGCCUGCUGCAGUUUAUUCUGGCACAGUGGGGCGCUGAGGAGGAGCCGCGGAUGCCCGCUUUGGUCCACCAGUUGUUUGCCACCCUGGGACGCAUCGCGCUACAUUGUCCAGGCGAUGCCAGUCUGCUGCCCACGGCUGAGGGCAAGGCACGCGUGCUGCUCACCGCAUCGCAUUCGGGCAGCGUGGCCGAGGAGCUCGUCGCUCUACUUCGGCGUCUGCACACGCUGCCCUCCUGGAACCCGGUCAUCAAUUCCUUCCUGGCGCAGAAGCUUUGUGUAGCCGCCGAGCUGCUAGCCGAGCAAUCGCCGCACUCCACGGCUCUGGACAGUGAACAGGUCUUUGUGCUAGGUGUACUCGGAGCCAUGGGUGGACACGAUCUGCGUCCACGCGUCGGUCUACACUGCUUCCACGAAAGCAGCCACAUGGUGAUCGCCAGCUUCACGCCCAAGGGCCGCUGUCUCCUUGCGCCCGGAGGUGUGGGAUCUGGCGCGGGAUUCGUUAAGGUGCAACUGCCAGCGGUGAUGCCGCACUUGGAUCACACCGUAUUCAGCUUGAGCCGUCUGCCUAUGAACGAGAUGUUGCUUAACGCUUGGACAGUGCUACUGUACGGACCAGCACCGGGACUCCGGGAACUGCCCAGUAGCGCCGAUGGUCGACUGGACUUAGCUCUGCUCCGCGCCCAGCAACUUCAGAUGGCGGUGCUGCACACAAACGGCGUGUUGUAUCGCCACCAAGUCGCUUUGCGUCGCAUCCUCAAGCAACGAGCACCAGGGAGCAUAUACGCCAGUGCAGAUGAGCCGGACCGAAGCGAUGCGGAGUCACAACAGCCUGGGGAGCAAGACCAGCAGUUGUCCACAGGAAGUGGCCAGGAGCCGCAACUGUUGAUACAGUGCAUCCUUUUGCGAGCCACGCAGGCGUCCCCAGUAAAGGCCUGCUACAGUUACAUGGAUCUGGCCACAGCCGCCCUCAACUGCAUUCAAUCUCUGGCUACCCAGGCCCACCAGGAGCUAAGCGAGGGUGGUGGUGUUCCUCCCAAUGGUCGCGCCCUUUCUUCGCCACCUCAGCCGACAAUGGUGCACGGAGUGCCUGUCUACAAUGUGGCAAGGAAGGAGCAGAAGCCGACGGAGCAAGUGGAACAGAAAUCCAAGUGGCCUGCGGCGGCCACCGAUGCCCAGCUAAUUGGGCAGAUAAUGGAAAUGGGAUUCACUCGUCGCACGGUGGAACUAGCCCUCAAGCAACUGUCGCUGCAAGCAGAGAUAAUGCCCACCCCCGAGCAGAUAGUGCAGUGGAUCCUGGAACACCCGGAUGUGUGUGCUAACACCAUCGAAGAGGAUACGCUGCCACUGGCGUCUUCAGCCUCGUCUCACGAUCCAGAGGCGGAUUCGGAUAAUGAGUGUCCCAGUUCGAAUUCGACAACCUCGUCCUCCACUUCAUCGGACACUGUAGAAGGCCAACCGAUGGCCGUCAGUGGACCCGCACCACCAGUGAAGUUUGAAUCUCGCAAGGAUUUCCAGACUGCUGAUCUCUACGCCUUGUAUGUACGGGGACUAGUUCGCCCGGGAAUGACGGUGCGCUGCUGUCGGGACUUUGAAGAGAUCAAACACGGCGAUAUGGGCACCGUGCUCAUCGUGGACACCGAAGGCCUGCAUGAUCUCAACGUUCAAGUCGACUGGCGCAAUCACGGCAGCACCUACUGGGUGUGCUUUGUGCAUAUCGAGCUGGUGGAGGCUGCUCUGACCCAGCACCAGCCCCGCCCUCCGCCCAUCGCAGUGGGUGCACGGGUAAGGCUGCGCACCUCGUCGCUGCGCUACGGAAUGCUGUGCCAGCUGCGCCUGGGCAGAAGCCAGGGAUCGUCGGCCAUUGGAGUGGUGAGCUCAGUGAGCAGCAAACAACUCACUGUGGACUUUCCGGACCUGCCUGCCUGGCAGGGUCACAUCAACGAAGUGGAACUGGUGGCAUCGCAGCCCACCUCCGCCACCCUUCCUUCUCUAGGAGAGUCCUGCAGCCAGAUGGCGCCCAGCGAUCUCAUCGAGGAUUGGUCCAGAUGCAUUCGUUCGUUGACCGUAAGCUCCAAUGAGGCAGCAGCCAAACACCUGCUUAAUGGCAGUAACCAGCCGUGGCAGAGCUGUUCUAGCGGACCUUGCCGCCAUUGGAUCCGCCUAGAGCUGCACGACCGCAUCCUCGUCCACAGUCUGACUUUGAAGGUUAGUCCCGAAGAUCACUCGCACAUGCCAUCGCUGCUGGAGAUCCGCGUGGGCGACUGCGUCGACAGCCUGAAGGAGUACACAUGGAUCCCAGUGCCAGCGGGUGCUAGCCGGGUGCUGCUCAUGCAGCAGGUGCCCACUUAUUACCCCUGGGUGGAGGUGGUGGUGAAGCAGUGCCAGAACAACGGCAUCCAGUGCAAGAUUCACGGCAUUAAGUUCGUAGGUCGCCGCCAGCAACCGGAUCUCCAGCACAUCUUGGCUAACGCACAGUUCCUGGCCAGCGAGUACAGCGCCGGAGUGGGACCUGGAUCGACAGCAGGAGCCGGAGCGGUAAGCACAUCCCACGAAGAAGCCGCAGCGGCGCCCGAGCAGGAUCUACCAUGCACCGUAAUGGUGUGGGGCCUCAACGACAAAGAACAGCUUGGCGGGCUGAAAGGUUCGAAGGUGAAGGUGCCAACCUUCUCGCAGACCAUUAGUCGUCUGCGUCCCAUCCACAUAGCAGGCGGAUCCAAGAGUCUGUUCAUCGUGAGCCAAGACGGAAAGGUUUACGCAUGCGGCGAGGGAACGAACGGUCGCCUCGGCCUCGGGGUGACCCACAAUGUGCCACUACCACACCAGCUGCCCGUGCUGCAUCAGUAUGUGGUCAAGAAGGUAGCCGUGCAUUCCGGCGGCAAGCACGCGCUCGCCCUGACGCUGGAUGGAAAGGUGUUCUCCUGGGGCGAGGGCGAGGAUGGUAAGCUCGGCCACGGCAACCGAACAACGCUGGACAAGCCACGACUGGUGGAGGCGUUGCGAGCGAAGAAGAUCCGCGAUGUGGCCUGCGGCUCGUCCCACUCGGCGGCCAUCAGCAGCCAGGGCGAGCUCUACACCUGGGGACUGGGUGAGUACGGCCGCUUGGGCCACGGCGACAACACCACACAGCUGAAGCCCAAGUUGGUGACGGCGUUGGCGGGCAGAAGGGUCGUUCAAGUGGCCUGCGGAAGUCGGGAUGCACAAACCCUUGCCCUCACGGAGGACGGAGCCGUGUUCUCGUGGGGCGACGGUGAUUUCGGCAAGCUUGGACGCGGCGGCAGCGAGGGAUCCGACACCCCUCACGAGAUCGAACGUCUCUCGGGCAUAGGUGUGGUGCAGAUCGAGUGUGGAGCCCAGUUCAGCUUGGCACUCACGCGAGCCGGAGAAGUGUGGACUUGGGGCAAAGGCGACUACUACCGUCUGGGCCACGGUGGAGAUCAGCACGUGCGCAAGCCGCAGCCCAUUGGAGGACUUCGGGGCCGACGGGUCAUCCACGUGGCCGUCGGUGCCCUGCACUGCCUGGCCGUCACGGAUGCUGGCCAGGUGUACGCCUGGGGCGACAACGACCACGGACAACAGGGCAGUGGCAACACGUUUGUGAACAAGAAACCGGCUUUGGUCAUCGGAUUGGAUGCGGUGUUUGUAAAUCGCGUUGCGUGCGGCAGUUCGCACUCCAUCGCUUGGGGACUGCCCAACGCAUCCUCGGAUGAGGAGAAGCGAGGACCCGUGCCCUUCGGCAGCACUCGAGACCCCCUGGGCGGCAGUAGCCUGGGCAUAUACGAAGCGGAGACAGUGCAAACCCUGAAACUGGAGGCUAAGCCCUUGAACCAGAGUAGUCUGAGCGAAAGCCUGGCUCUGGAGACACCAGCCGCACGGCAGGCGGCUCUGGGUCACGUACUGCGUGCCAUGAGCAUCCUGCAGGCCCGCCAGCUCAUCGUCGCCGCACUCACCAGCCACAGCAAGGUGAACUUUAAGGAGCGGGGUGCCGUCGGAGGCGAGGAGGAGCUCAUAGGUGGGCCCAUGAUGGGAGCACCGCUGCAACUGGCGGAAACGAUUGCGCAGGGUGGAGGAGAGGCGCCCGCCGAUGCCACGGAUGCCGGUCUGCAGGAGCAUAGUCCCGAGGCUGCCGUUGAUGCGGUGACCGGAGGAUUGUCCGGCGGGGCUAACACUCUGCCACCGCUCAGCGCCGGCCCACUGAGCGCCUUUCAGAGCCUAACUGGAUCCCUGUCCAUGUCGGGAUCGCUCUCCAGCAGUGCCUUGCCCCAGCACAAGCACUCUCGGAUGUCGGCCAGCGCCAUGUCCGUGAUGGCUGCCACCAUGACGCAGCAGGAGGAGAUGCUUUCGCACAUUAGCCACUGCCACGGCCUAGACGACUUCGGCGGCUUGCUGGGUGAGUCGGAGGCAAAGAGUCUGGUGGAGCUGCUUAAACUGGCAGUUUGCGGACGAUGUGGACCACCGAGCACAGCCCAGACCAUCGCCGACACCCUAAUCUCCUUGGGAGCUGGAACGCCGACGGUGGCUGCGAUGCUCCUUGAGACGUGCAUCACGGAACUGGAGGACCUGUGCACCUCGCGCCACUGCCUUGGUAAGUUGCCCAAACCGGUGAUGCAGGAGAGCAGCCACCCUUACGUGGACAACGUGAACGUCACCGGAGUGGUACGCAUCCCCGGUGCGGAGAUGUUGCGCCUGGAGUUCGACAGCCAGUGCAGCACCGAGAAGCGUAACGAUCCCCUGGUGAUCAUGGACGGCACUGGUCGGGUGCUGGCCAUGCGUUCGGGCCGGGAGUUUGCCCACUGGGCUCCGGAGAUCCGUGUGCCGGGCGACGAGUUGCGCUGGAAAUUCUCCUCGGACAGUUCGGUAAACGGAUGGGGCUGGCGCUUCUGGGUGCACGCCAUCAUGCCAGCGGCCACGCUGGGCGAGAGUGGAUCGGACCGAGCCGUGUUGUCGCAACCCUCGAUGGCACUGGUCAUGUCGCUGCUGGACUCCCGACUUGCCCCUCGACAACCGAGUGUGCUGCUCCGAUUGGCCUCCGCCCUAGCAGCUUGCUCACAACUGGGCGCCCUCACCACCGCCCAGAGGAUAUGGUCGCUGCGCAAACUGCACGCCGUACUGUUGCUGGAGCAAGCGCCUCGACCACAGGAUCCAUCGCUGUCCACGCUGCUCCAGCCCUUGAUACCGGAGCUGUUGCGCCAGUACGAGUACGAGGAGCCGCAGGUGCGCGGAGGCAUACAUCUCAUGCACUCGGACUACUUCAAGACCCUGGCUGCACUGGCCUGCGACAUGCAGCUGGAUGCUUCACUGCCUGCCACUUCAUCAUCGUCGUCGUCAGCAGCCCCGGGUGCCAUCUCCUCGACUGGGGACGUGCACAAGUGGGCCUGGUUCAAGCGAUACUGCAUCGCCGUUAGAGUGGCCCAAUCCCUGAUCCGGCGCACGGAGCUGCCGCGGGCAUUUUGCCUGGAGGUGCGCAAGAAGUUUGCCGAAAUGCUGCCCAGUUCGAGCUCGAACUCCAAUGCCAAUCCUGGCUGCCAAUCGCCCGGAGCGUCCAUGCUGAACUCUACAACUUCACUGUCGUCCAGCACGGUCAGCAAUGUGUCCCCACCGCCGGGAAUUACCAGCGAGCAGCCGGAUCUACACUGUCAUGCCCACCAGUUGGAGUCCACGAGCACGCUGCUGCACGAGGAUCACACUCUGUUUCAAGCUCCGCACGACGCCCAACUGCUGCAGUGGCUCAACCGGAGACCAGACGACUGGGCACUCAGCUGGGGUGGAGCCAGCACCAUAUACGGAUGGGGCCACAACCACCGCGGGCAGCUUGGCGGACUGGAAGGCAGCCGUAUCAAGACGCCAACGCCGUGCGAGGCACUCAGCCUUCUUCGCCCAGUUCAGUUGGCCGGCGGAGAGCAAUCCCUGUUUGCGGUGACGCCCGAUGGCAAACUAUUUGCCACUGGAUACGGAUCUGGAGGACGACUGGGCGUCGGUGGCAGCGACAGCUGGGCCAUUCCCACUUUGCUGGGAUCCCUGCAGCACGUGUUCGUCAAGAAGGUUGCUGUGAACUCCGGCGGAAAACACUGCUUGGCACUGACCACUGAAGGCGAGGUGUACGCCUGGGGCGAGGGCGAGGACGGAAAGCUGGGCCACGGGAACCGCAUGAGCUACGACCGUCCCAAGCUGGUGGAGCACCUCAACGGGAUGAGCGUGGCGGACAUUGCAUGCGGCAGUGCUCACUCAGCGGCGAUCACGGCCAGUGGCCAUGUGCUCACUUGGGGCAAAGGACGCUACGGGCGACUGGGACACGGCGACUCCGAAGACCAGCUGCGACCCAAGUUGGUGGAGGCGCUGCUCGGCUAUCGGGCCAUCGAUAUUGCCUGCGGCUCCGGAGAUGCCCAGACGCUGUGCAUCACGGACGACGACAAUGUAUGGAGCUGGGGCGAUGGCGACUACGGCAAACUGGGACGCGGCGGCAGCGACGGCUGCAAGCUGCCGUACAAGAUCGAGAGUCUGGCCGGACUGGGAGUGGUCAAGGUGGAGUGCGGUUCGCAGUUCUCGGUGGCACUCACCAAAUCCGGAGCGGUGUACACCUGGGGCAAAGGAGACUUCCAUCGCCUGGGCCACGGAUCCGUUGACCAUGUCCGCCGGCCCAAAAAGGUGGCUGCUCUGCAGGGAAAGAAGAUUAUUUCCAUUGCCACCGGUUCGCUGCACUGCGUCGCUUGCAGCGACUCCGGCGAGGUGUACACCUGGGGAGACAACGACGAAGGACAACUGGGCGACGGCACGGUUACAGCCAUUCAGCGGCCGCGCCUGGUAGCCGCUCUCCAGGGCAAGCACAUUGUGAAGGUCACCUGCGGAUCCGCCCACACGCUGGCCCUAUCAACAUCGCAGCUAAGCGAGCGCCUACGUCCGCUGCCCAAUCCACCGCUGGAGUACGACCUGGUGCGCGAUCUGGCGCCUGAGGCCCUGCACGCCCGCCUUAUCCUGCUGCACCACUUCUCGGAGUUGGUGUGUCCCUGCCUGGCCAUGCUGCCCAUCUCCGGCGACUUGAGUCUGGGCGCACUGAAGGAUGUGCUCGUGUACAACAUCAAGGAGGCUGCCUUCCGGAAGGUCAUCCAAACGACGAUGGUGCGGGACAAGCAGCACGGACCCGUCAUCGAGCUAAAUCGCAUCCAGGUGAAGCGCUCACGCAAUCGGUGCAACGGAUUGGCCGGCAUCGAUGGGAUGAAGAGCGUCUUUGGCCAGAUGGUGCAGAAGCUGCCCUUGCUCACCCAGGAGGCGCUGGCUCUGCCGCACCGCGUCUGGAAGGUGAAGUUCGUGGGCGAGAGUGUGGACGACUGCGGCGGUGGCUACAGCGAAUCCAUCGCUGAGAUGUGCGACGAGCUGCAGAACGGCAGCGUGCCGCUUUUGAUCAACACGCCCAACGGACGCGGCGAGGCGGGAGCCAAUCGCGACUGCUUCCUGCUGGACCCCACCCUGUCCUCGGUACUCCAGAUGAACAUGUUCCGCUUCCUUGGCGUCCUCAUGGGCAUCGCCGUGCGUACAGGAUCGCCGCUAAGCAUCAAUUUGGCGGAGCCUGUGUGGCGUCAAUUGACGGGCGAGGUUCUACGGCCCACGGAUCUUACCGAGGUGGACCGCGACUACGUGGCCGGACUGCUCUGCAUCCGCAAUAUGGAUGACGACCCGAAGCUGUUCACCGCGCUGGAACUGCCCUUCUCGACGUCCUCGGCCCGUGGCCACGAGGUGCCGCUGUCCACGCGCUACACGCACAUCUCGCCCAGGAACCGGGCGGAGUAUGUCCGCCUUGCGCUCGGAUUCCGUCUGCACGAAUUCGAUGAGCAGGUGAAGGCGGUUCGGGACGGCAUGUCCAAGGUGAUUCCAGUGCCUUUGCUUUCGCUCUUCUCCGCCGCGGAGCUGCAGGCGAUGGUCUGCGGCUCGCCGGACAUUCCGCUGGGCCUGCUGAAGUCGGUGGCCACCUACAAGGGCUUCGAUCCGAGCUCGGCGCUGGUCACCUGGUUCUGGGAGGUGAUGGAGGAGUUCACGAAUCAGGAGCGCUCUCUAUUCCUGCGGUUCGUCUGGGGUCGCACCCGAUUGCCGCGCACCAUUGCCGACUUCCGUGGCCGUGACUUUGUGCUGCAAGUGCUCGAGAAGAAUCCGCCUGACCACUUCCUGCCCGAGAGCUACACGUGCUUCUUUCUGCUCAAGAUGCCCCGCUACUCGUGCAAGGCCGUGCUCCUCGAGAAGCUCAAGUAUGCCAUACACUUCUGUAAGAGCAUUGAUACGGACGAGUACGCACGCGUGGCCAUGGGCGAACCCACCGAGGCCACCGGCAGCGAGGACAACAGCGACCUGGAGUCGGUGGCUAGCCACGAGGGUUGAACCGAACCCACUGUCCAUCCUGCCCGAAAUGAACAAUUAACUUAACGACUUACCGAACAAAUCGAUCAAGGAUCCAUCGGAGACCUUGGCAGCCGGCGGAUCUCCCCGCAGUUUACGAUCCUCACCCACUAGGACACACGAAGCCUUCAAGUUAAACCCACUCACGCGACACGUACACAUAUAUACACGUAUAAACAUAUAUUUUAAAUUAGCACUUGAAUCGGAGCAAGACGACGAAUCGAGCGAGAGAGACGGCAAGCGAGGGAGAAUGAGGAGAGAGAGAAUGAGAGAGAGAGAGACGGCGAGAGAGCGAAAGAAUCGGUCGAUCGCAUAAUGAAACCAAAAAGCAAAACGUUAAAGUUAUUUCCAUAUUAUAUUAUAUAUACAUAUAAAUUUAAAUAUAAAUGUUAGUUGAAGUCCACUCAUAAUUAUACACAAGGCUUAAACGUUAGACGCAACCCAAUUGAAUCCCAUCCAAUCCAAUCCAAUCCAUUCCCAUCCAUCUCGAGUCCGAAACCCCGCCCAAACCAGUUAAUAAGCUAUGUAAUUGAUAUUGAUAACCCCCGAGAACACAAAGGGGCUGAAAACGUUUCUAAUGAUGAUCUAUUUAAAAGUUAGAUGCCGCAAAGAAAACUCUAUCUGAACUAAACGGAAGCUAAAUAAAAUACUUUAUAAAGCAA